AAUUAACUAAAGUAACACAAAUCAAAUGAACAAUUUUAAGUGUUGAUUCUUCUUUUGACUCUUCACUUUCCGCUGAACAUGAAUCAGAAGAAUCAAACACAAACUCCCUUCACUCAACCUAUCCGCUGUAUUGUAAAACUGGGAGGUGCUGCAAUUACUUGCAAAAAUGAGUUAGAGAAGAUAAAUGAGGAGAUUCUUCACAGGGUUUCAGAACAGCUUAGACAAGCAAUGAUUACGUCUUCUGAGAAGCCUCCUGGGAUGGAUUGGAGCAAGAGACCUGGUGAUUCAGAAAUUUGUUGUAAUCCAGACGAAUUUGGAGAUGAUUCUGUGACGGAAUGUAGCCGUUUCAUUGUUGUUCAUGGAGCAGGUUCUUUUGGGCAUUUCCAAGCUAGCAAAUCUGGUGUUCACAAGGGACAGCUAAAUAAACCUCUCGUCAAGGGCGGAUUUGUUGCUACGCGAAUAUCUGUAACCACUCUCAAUCUUGAAAUCGUUAGAGCACUAGCCAGAGAGGGCAUUCCUUCGAUUGGAAUGUCACCUUUCUCAUGUGGAUGGAUCACCAGUGAAAGACGUGUAUCUUCAGUCGAUUUGUCUCCCGUGGCUAAGGCUAUUGAUUCUGGUUUUACACCUGUCCUGCAUGGAGAUGCAGUGCUUGAUGAGAUUCAGGGAUGCACUAUUUUAAGCGGAGAUGUCAUCAUAAGUCAUCUGGCCGCAUACUCAAAGCCUAAAUACGUUGUUUUCUUGACAGAUGUAUACGGAGUAUAUGAUCGCCCGCCAACAGAACCUGACGCAAUACUCUUAAAGGAGAUUGCUGUUGCUGAAGACGGAAGCUGGUCAGUCAUAAAACCAAAGUUGCAGAACUCAAUUGAGCUAACUGUUGCUGCCCAUGAUACAACUGGUGGAAUGAAAACAAAGAUCUCAGAAGCUGCAAUGAUAGCAAAGCUUGGAAUUGAUGUCUACAUUGUAAAAGCGGCAACAAGCCACUCAUUAAAGGCCUUGAAUGGAGAUCUUAGAAACAGCAUCCCGGAUGACUGGCUUGGAACAGUCGUUCGAUCAUCAAGAUAAUUGUAACCGAAUCUUCUGCACAAGUCUCAAUCAUCAUGAGGAAGUAAUGAUUUUAGACGCGAGAAAUUGAGAGUUAAUUGUACCAACAAUUUCACUUUUGUUAUGACAACCAGAAAAAACUCACCAACCAUUUGGCAUAUUACAGUGAUGUUCUGCAUAUAAUAAAGCUUGAUGUACAAUUGUUCUGUAUGCUUUUCUUUAUAAAGUUUAUUUUGAAUGUGUUUGUUA